UCUCCAUAGGAGAGCUCUAUGGCCUGGAUCCAUCAGUGAUUCUAACUAAGCAAACAGCUGAGUGUGGGAACCUGAGAGGCAGAAGCAGGAAGCUGUUUUGGGAGCAGCUGGUCCAAUGUGCUGUGUCCAAGAUCUUAUGCCUGGAAGAUCUGGCCUUCUGUAACUGGUGUCUGCUUCCCUCCCCCCAACAUUACAUUUCCCAUUUUAGCCACAAUACAAGGACGUCUGGCUGUGCUCUAGUUCUUGUGUCCACUGGUGCCCCAAGAUGAGCCAGGACAACCCAGGCUCCUGAUCACUGCUGCCUCCAUCUGUUCCCAACACCUCUCAGGGCCUUGAGUUCAGAGCAAAUGGGAGGUGGGGAUUAAGGCUUGUCCCCUUCUUAUCCCUCCCUCCCCUUGCUCACUUCAGAAUCUCCAUAAAGCCCAAGCACUGCUGCUCUGAGCCCAAAGUGCUAGCUCUUCUCCAGUUGAGCUUUAGGACAGUGAUCACAGGCUGGGGCCCAGCUCUCCAGUCUUCCCUUUCACCACCAACAUUAAGAGCUGGACCGGGGCCCCAGCAUCUGGGUCCAGGACCAUGUCUGCGAACAAGGACUGGUGGGUACCCCCUGAAGGCGAGGGCGGCGUCUCUGAGAAGUUACUGAGAAAGUCCAGGGAGUCACCAUUGGUGCCUGUGGGCCUGGGGGGCUGUCUGCUGGUGACAGCUUAUGGCAUUUACCGGCUAAAGGCCCGCGGCCCUCUCAAGAUGUCUCUGCACCUGAUCCACACUCGAGUGGCGGCUCAGGCCUGUGCUGUGGGAACCAUCAUGCUAGGUACAGUGUACACCAUGUACUGUGACUACAUCAAGAGAACAGCACAUGAUGCCGAGGAGAAGUAGGAGUUGUACGGCGGCUGGGACAGUCAGACUCCCUUAAAUGAGUCCCUUGUAUGCUUCCUUAUAAUAAAGUGAUUCUG